GGGUUUGAGGCAGGUAAGUCACCUGAGCAGCUGGCAUUGAAGGCAGCUAGGGGAGUUUCCAUGAUUCAUUAGCAUUCCCCAGAGCCUCGAGCUAGAGCUGUUUGCGAGGGACCCACUGUGGGCAUCCCGUUACUACCAGGAUCCCGUUCAGGCGCAAACGGCAUUCGAGAAGCAGCUGGAUGAUAUUUGAAGAUGUUUGGAGCAGUAAUCAUCAUACAAGCGACAAUUGAGACGAAGAACUGUCUUUGAUUUGCAGAUUGGAGCCCUGCACAGAAGCUCCAGGGUUAGCAUGCCGAAGGCAAGAGGAAGAACAAGUCGAAUCCGAAGGCGGAAAUGCUUCAAAAGUUCUCCAGCAAGAGGAGUGAAUGAGAGCUGCAAGUCUGAAUUUAUAGAUCUAAGGAAAUGGCUAAAGGAUAGGAACUUUGAAGAUAGAAACUUAGCACCGGCUCACUUUCCAGGCACGGGAAGGGGCCUGAUGAGUACAGCUGGCUUGCAGGAGGGGAGGAUGAUCAUCUCAUUGCCUGAGUGCUGCCUGCUCACCACGGACACAGUGAUGGGAAGUUACUUGGGGGCGUACAUCACCAAGUGGAAGCCGCCCCCAUCUCCUCUGCUGGCUCUGUGUACGUUUUUGGUUUCAGAAAAGCACGCCGGGGAUCGGUCUCCGUGGAAGCCGUACCUGGAUAUUUUGCCCAAGUCCUACACCUGCCCUGUUUGUUUGGAGCCCGAAGUGGUGGAUCUGCUGCCCCGACCGUUACAAGUGAAGGCCGAAGAGCAGAGGGCUCACGUGCGGGAGUUUUUUGUUUCCUCCAGAACCUUCUUCUCUUCCCUGCAGCCUCUGUUUGCAGAGGCCGUGGACAGCAUCUUCAGCUACAGCGCCCUCCUGUGGGCCUGGUGCACCGUCAACACCAGAGCCGUGUACCUGAGACGCAGGCAGCAGGAGGGCCUGUCCGCGGAGCCUGACACCUGUGCACUCGCCCCAUUCCUGGACUUGCUGAACCACAGCCCGCACGCCCAGGUAGAAGCAGGAUUUAAUGAGGAGACUCGUUGUUAUGAAAUCAGAACGGCUUCAAGGUGCAGAAGGUAUGAAGAGGUUUUCAUCUGCUACGGCCCUCAUGACAACCAGCGGCUGCUCCUGGAGUAUGGAUUCGUUUCCAUCCCUAAUCCUCACGCUUGCGUUUAUGUCUCAACAGAAAUACUUGUUAAAUAUCUUCCAUCAACAGAUAAACAGCUAAACAAAAAGAUUUCCAUCUUAAGGGACCAUGGCUUUAUAGAAGAUCUGACGUUCGGUUGGGAUGGACCGUCUUGGACGUUGCUCACAGCUCUCAAGUUGUUAUGUCUGGAACCUGAAAGAUUUACGUGCUGGAAGAAGAUACUCCUUGGAGAAGUCAUUUCAGAUACAAAUGAGAAGGCAAGUUUGGAUAUAACCCGGAGGAUAUGCUGUGACUUCAUAGAGGAGACUUCUGCUGUGCUUCAGAAGAUUGCCUGCAGAAAGGUGGACUGUGCAGCAUUGCUGCCCCAGCUGGCUCUGGUGGAAGCCUUGCGGACAGAAGAGCUGCAGAUUCUCAAGGCGUCCGCUGGGAUCCUGGAUGGUCUGCACGCGGCUUUUGCCUGAUUUCUUCUAUGUGCGUGCACCUGGUCUGUCCUGUGUGAACUUCAGGAGCGUCUCUGAGGACAGAGCGGUGCCUGUUCCGGGAUGUGGGAGGAAGCCUGCAGGGCAGAGCCGGUGCAGGCACUGGUGG